AUGUUUAAGGUACUUCUAAUCACCGCGGUCGUCGCGACGGUGUAUGCGAGGCCGCAAGAGGGACAUGAUCACAGUCAAGGUCAUGCAUAUUCUUCACAGAGCAUAGUACUACAUCAAGCUCACGAGACUAAGCAUGAACCUCAUCAUGAACACCACCACCAGGAACAUGAAGACUACCACAAACAUGAGGAAUAUAAAAAAAAUGAACACCACUUGCACCAUGAACAUCAUGUCGACUACUAUAUACUCCUAAUCACUGCAGUAGUCGCGACGGUCUAUGCAAGACCCCAAGAGGGACAUGGUCACGGUCAUGGUCAUGCAUACUCUUCACAGAACAUAGUACUUCACCAGGCUCACGAGACUAAGCAUGAACCUCAUCAUGAGCACCACCUCCAGAAACAUGAAGAACACCAUAACUAUGAGGAACAUAACGAUAAUGAACACCACGGCCAUCAUGAACACCAUGUCGACUACUAUGCCCACCCUAAGUACGAGUUCGCAUAUGAAGUUAAGGACCCCCACACCCAUGACUUCAAACACCAACACGAACACCGUGAUGGUGAUGUCGUAGUUGGUGAAUACGCUUUACAUCAGCCCGAUGGUACCAUCAGAAUUGUGAAGUACCACGCAGACAAAAAAACUGGAUUCAAUGCUGAUGUCAAAUAUGAGGGUCACGCCGAACACAUCGUUCCGGAGCACCAUCAUCAUCACUGA